AUGGAUGGUCAGAUAAAUAGUUUUCAUGACAACGUUGAAGUUAGAAAACACCUACUCCCGCCCACACCCCUUAUUCCCAGUUCACCACGACCGCUACUCCAUUACCCGAGCUUCCUAUCUCUCGAAUCCGAGUGUAUGGCAGCCCAAGCCUACGACCUCAUGUCCAAGAACGGAUGGCAAGUUCAAUGGGUAUUUCGCUAUGGCCCGACUCAACCAUCCCACUACCACUCCGCCGUCCAUGAGUGCAUGGCCGUCCUCUCGGGAACUGCGACGAUCCGCUUUGGUGUCGCAGAUACUGCCUCCGACCUGGAAGAAAGUACUCAUGGUUCUGGUAAGGAGGACGGUGGAAUCGAACUUCAGGCACGUACUGGCGACGUCUUCGUGUUGCCGGCCGGAACUGCGCAUAAGACCUUCGAUACUCAGCCCGCUGCUGAAUUCAAAUUACUCACUCCCGGUGACGGACAUCACAUCGCGGCAGCAGACGUGAGGCAUGCAUUGACCAACUUGAAGCUUUCGGGCUUUACCAUGAUUGGCGCCUAUCCGAAGGACGGCGGCACCUGGGAUUUCGCUAGGGGCGGUGAGAAUGUGGGCAACUACGAGCAAGUAUGGUCCGUCCCAAAACCUGAGAACGAUCCUGUAUUGGGAAAAGCCGAAGAGGGUCUUUGUGGACAAUGGCAGUAA